CGCCGUUGUCCGGGACUUCGGGGCCUCCGCUGACCGGGUCCCCAGGCCCGCCCUCGACUACGAGUGCGCCGGCCGAGUGGCUGGUGUGCGACUCUGCACAGUGCCAAGGCGAGGCCACCCGACUCGCGGCUCUGUUGGAGGGCGAGCCGUGCCGCAACUUCUACGACUACGCCUGCCAGCGGGUGGACGACACGCCGCCGCUGCCGACGCACGGCACCGCCGCGUCGGCGGACACGCGACUCGCCGACGCGCUCGAGGACGCGCUACUCGCCUACGUGCGCGACUCUGCGCACAAUGACGUGACACCGGCGCGCGAGCUGCUAGCCGCCUGCGGCACCGGCUCGGCGCAGGACCUGGCCAACUUCGUGGCCGCCUACGUGAGGCCGUCGUGGCCAGCCAGCACUGUGACGAGCGACCUUUCCGUGUGGGAGGCUGCCGGACGGCUACUUCGCGAACUGGGUGUGGCGGCAUUGAUAUCCGUGGCGCCUGUGGCUAGGCGCACAGCCACAGUCGCCCUGGGUCCCGCGGAGCUGCUGCUCAAGUCAGGGGACGACGCCUCGCUCCGACAGCUGCUCUCGGACGCGGUGCGCGCCACGGUCACAUUCGUGACGCCCUCGGCUGACGCGCGCACAGCCGCCGAGGAUGUCGUGAACGUGCUGUCCGAUCUAUUCAAGAUCCAGGACGCAGCUCUGUCGGCGCCUGUCCAAGACACGCUGCCGCUGUCCAACCUGAGCGCCGGCCUAGCCGCGCUGGUGCGCACCGCAAGCUCAUCUCCGAGCUUCACGCCUUCCUCUGUGCUGUUGUUACCCGGAGUCGACGUGGAGUCCCUCUCGGCGCUGGUGUCUGGUGGUGCGAGCCGAGUGUUGCACUACGUAGGCUUCAGAGCGGCGCUGUGGGCGGCACCGUUCGUGACGACGCCGCCCGAUAAACUCAUCUUGGCGCACAUGCUCACGCGUCAGCCGCCAAUCGCCGACAAGUGCGCCCCUCAUCUGCCUGCCUCGUUGCGCAGUCGGCGCUUUUGCGUAAAUGCACGCAUGACGUAUGAAAUUGAGUCACAACCACAAGCUAAUCGGCUUCUCGUUCAAGUUUAAAACAAGCGCGGAAGACACCACAUAUAAGGUCCAUUUCAUUCGCCCUCCACUCCGUGAAGUAGUUCGAUCCGCUUAGUUCAGUGCCAGUUAUAUUACUCGCGCAGAAAGACGGCACGAUCGUCCUGCACUGCCUCUCU